GCAUUAGUUGUAGGUAUUGCUUUGUUAACCGCCGCCGUGCACGGGAUACGGACAACAACGCUCGCAGCGUUUAAUAAAUAGAUAAAAUAAGGAUUCUAGUACGUAAUAUCAAUUAUACAACGAUAAAGAGACACCGCCCUCAUACGCUUAUACAUGCAUUAAUGUCGAUUGACGAAUUGUAAAAUUAAUUAAAUAACAGUGGGCUAUAACAACAACAGCAGCCAGCUGCAGUCAGCACCACCACAAGCGGCAGCUGUACUCUCGGUCGGUCGAAAUCCUUGAUCGCUGUCGUCGUUUGUGUCGCCUGUGACCAGUGACUGCCAUGCGUGUAUGCGACGGCUGAAGUCGUGAACGGUGGGCCAAGGCGCGUCCGAACUAUCCUGGAGGGCGCCGACGCCCUCAGACGCUAACUACAACAAUGUGGGCCAUUAGCGGCUUAGCCUUCGUUGUGUGGCUGUUGACCGCGACAUCCGCUUCCGCCAGAUAUCCGGUCAUCUUGGUUCCUGGUGAUGGCGGUAGCCGCAUUGAUGCUAAAUUAAACAAACCCAGUGUCGUUCAUUAUUUAUGUGAUAAAAAAACAAAUGAUUAUUCUAACAUUUGGUUGAAUCUCGAAUUGUUAGUGCCAUAUGCAAUAGACUGUUUGAUAGAUAAUAUGAGACUGAUAUAUGACAAUGUUACCCAUACUACUCACAGUCCUCCAGGUGUAGAUAUAAGAGUACCUGGAUGGGGAAAUUCUUCUGCUGUUGAAUACAUUGAUCCUAGUUUAACCACAUUUGGCGCUUACUUUAAGAGUGUUGGUGAUACAUUAGUAGGCACUGGUCUUGAGCGAGAUGUUUCUAUUCGGGGAGCGCCAUAUGAUUUUAGAAAAGCUCCUAAUGAAAAUACAGAGUUUUUUGUGAAACUAAAGACACUAACUGAAGAAACAUACCAACAAAAUAAUAAUACACCAGUUGUGUUCAUUGUACACAGCAUGGGAGGAUGUAUGACAUUGAAAUUUUUGCGAGCUCAAACGCAGAAGUGGAAAGAUCAAUAUGUCAGAGCAAUGGUUUCAUUAGCUGGUGCUUGGGGUGGAGCUGUUAAAGCAUUGAAAGUUUUUACCGUAGGUGAUGACCUAGGAGUUUAUGUACUUAGUGGCAGUGUUCUAAAAGCUGAACAAAUUACAUCUCCCAGCUUAGCAUGGCUUUUACCAUCCCCAUAUUUUUGGAAGUCAGAUGAGGUAUUAGUGGAAACUGAUACAAAAAACUUUACAGUGACAAACUAUAAAUCAUUUUUUGAAGGCAUAGACUACAUGACUGGCUAUGAUAUGUACUUAGACGUUAAGCAGUACAUGGAUUUUGGACCACCUGGUGUAGAAGUCCAUUGCUUACACGGUAGUGCAAUUCAAACAGUUGAAAAAAUGAUUUUUGGACCAGGAAAAUUUCCGCUUAAGUAUCCUAAGUUACAAUAUGGUUAUGGCGAUGGCACAGUUAAUUCCAGAAGCCUAGAAGGUUGCAAUUAUUGGUCAAGUAUGCAAAAGCAAAAAGUUUUCCAUCAAGUAUUUCCAAAAGCUGACCACAUGACAAUCUUGAAGGAUGAACGAGUAAUGGAUUACAUUGCACAGCUCAUGGAAAAACUAUAGUUGUCCAAUUAUUUUGAACUUAAGUUAUUAUUAAGAUGUGUAUAAUAAUUUAAUAAUAGUUAAUGUGUUCAUUUAAAUAGAUUUUUAAGGAAAUUGUAUUACUUAUUUUAUUUUAUCAAGUACAAAUUGGUACUCAAACCUUCCUUAUAGUAUUUACUGUAAAUAUUAUUUUAUUGUUUACUGAACAUCUUAAAAUACUUUUAAACAAACUAUAUCUUUGUUGUCCUGUGAAUUAAUAUCCAUAUCCAAAGUUAACAAGUUUACUAUUUUACUAUAUAAGAAACGGUAGUUAGACCUUAAGAAUUUACCAUGACUAAUGUUUGGUAGCUAAUAUAAUCUUAUAUUUGAAUAACAA